AUGAAGGUGAUCGAGAAGAUUCAGGAGGCCGCGGGGAAUGGCCGGACGGCGUUCUCGUUCGAGUUCUUACCUCCCAAGACGGAGGAGGGGGUCGAGAACCUGUUCGAGCGGAUGGACCGCAUGGUGGCGCACGGCCCCUCCUUCUGCGACAUCACCUGGGGCGCCGGGGGAUCCACCGCCGACCUUACCCUCGAAAUCGCCAACCGCAUGCAGAACAUGGUGUGUGUGGAAACUAUGAUGCACCUGACAUGUAUAAACAUGCCAGUAGAGAAGAUUGACCAUGCCUUGGAAACCAUCAAAUCCAAUGGGAUUCAAAAUGUUUUGGCCCUCAGAGGGGAUCCUCCACGUGGGCAAGACAAAUUUGUGCAAGUUGAAGGCGGAUUUGCUUGUGCUCUUGAUUUGGUGCAGCAUAUUAGAGCCAAGUAUGGUGAUUAUUUUGGCAUAACUGUAGCUGGCUAUCCAGAGGCACACCCUGAUGUGAAACAAGGCGAGGGAGGUGCUACAUUGGAAGCAUAUAGCAAUGAUCUUGCGUAUUUGAAGAGAAAGGUUGAUGCUGGUGCUGACCUUAUUGUCACACAACUUUUCUAUGACACCGACAUCUUACUCAAGUUUGUGAAUGACUGCCGCCAAAUUGGUAUUACUUGUCCCAUUGUUCCUGGCAUAAUGCCAAUAAAUAACUACAAAGGUUUCCUGCGCAUGACUGGGUUCUGCAAAACUAAGAUACCUUCUGAGAUCACUGCUGCACUGGAUCCUAUUAAAGACAAUGAGGAGGCUGUUAAACAAUAUGGAAUCCACCUUGGAACUGAGAUGUGCAAGAAAAUUCUGGCUAGUGGCAUUAAGACUUUGCACCUUUACACAAAAAACAUGGACAAGUCUGCUCUAGGAAUUUUGAUGAAUCUUGGAUUAAUUGAGGAGUCCAAGGUUUCAAGGCCAUUACCUUGGAGGCCGGCAACUAAUGUUUUCCGUGUUAAAGAGGAUGUUCGACCUAUAUUCUGGGCCAACAGACCAAAGAGCUAUCUUAAAAGGACAUUAGGUUGGGAUCAGUAUCCCCAUGGACGGUGGGGUGAUUCUCGAAACCCAUCAUAUGGAGCACUUACUGACCACCAGUUCACAAGACCACGUGGACGUGGUAAAAAGCUCCAAGAGGAAUGGGCUGUUCCACUUAAAUCUGUGGAGGACAUUAGUGAGCGCUUUGCAAACUUCUGUCAAGGGAAACUCACGAGCAGCUCAUGGUCAGAACUGGACGGUCUUCAACCAGAGACAAAGAUUAUCGAUGACCAGUUGGUGAAGAUUAACCAGAAGGGUUUCCUUACCAUUAAUAGCCAACCUGCUGUAAAUGGAGAUAAAUCCGACUCGCCUACUGUUGGUUGGGGUGGUCCUGGAGGCUACGUUUAUCAGAAGGCCUACCUUGAAUUCUUCUGCGCAAAAGAGAAGUUGGACCAACUAAUUAAGAAGAUCAAAGCAUUCCCUUCUCUCACUUACAUUGCUGUGAACAAGGAUGGAGAAUCAUUCUCCAAUAUUGCAACGAACGCCGUGAAUGCUGUCACAUGGGGUGUUUUCCCUGGCAAGGAGAUUAUCCAGCCUACAGUUGUUGAUCCAGCAAGUUUUAUGGUUUGGAAGGACGAAGCAUUUGAAAUCUGGACACGGGGGUGGGCUUGCCUGUUCCCUGAGGGCGACUCAUCUAGGGAGCUACUAGAGAAGGUUCAGAAGAGCUACUACCUGGUCAGCCUCGUCGACAACGACUACGUCCAGGGGGAUCUGUUUGCUGCCUUCAAGAUCUGA